AUGACUUCAGAAACCGACGAAACCUCUAAAAUCGACUCUGGCAAAUUCUACAACGAAUACAAAGGCCAUCCCAUCAGCGACUUGACCAAAUUCCGCGACAUAACACUGGCCGAGCGCCCCGACAAACCCAUCAUCUACCUCGCCGGCGACUCCUCCCUCGACAACAAAUUCUGGCUCAAAGAACGCAUUUCCGCGGGCGACGACGCCUCUGCCAUCCCCUCCAUCUACCACUCGACCCUCGCCUCCCCCAUCACCCUCAUCCCAGACGUAGCCUACUGGCUCAACUCCGCCCUCUCCACCCGCGCCACAUGCAUCAACACGGCCAUCGAAGAAUCCCUCUUACGCUCGCGCGAUAGCGAUCUCCUCCCACACGACGCCUUCAUCCGCUCCAACAUCCGGCCCAAUGACAUCCUCGUCGUAAGCGUCGGCUCCAACGACAUCGCUCUAAACCCGACUGUGGAAACCAGCGCGCACAUGUUUCAACUUGCGUGGCUUACCCCGCGCAAAUCCAUCGAAGACGGGUCCGCAUGGGGUCUGCCGUAUUUCCGCAAUAUGUUCGGAACGAAGAUCCAGGAGUACAUCGCCUGCCUUACGGAAGAGACGAAGCCAAGGGCUGUGAUUGUUUGUAUGAUUUAUUUUCCGCUGGAGAGUGGGAAAGGGCAGCAGGGCUGGGCGGAUGGCAAGCUAAAGGUUCUGGGGUAUGAGAGGGAUCCGGGGCAGUUGCAGGCGGCGAUUAGGGAAAUGUAUAGGAGUGCGACGGAGGAGAUUAAGGUCGAGGGGGUCGAGGUGCUGCCGUGUGCGUUAUUUGAGGUGCUGGAUGGCAAGGAUGCGGCGGAUUAUGUGGAGAGGGUUGAGCCGAGUACUGAGGGGGGGAGGAAGAUGGCGGAGGAGUUUGUGAGGGUUUUGGAGGGGGUGUUGGGGGAGGGGGUGGGGAAGGAGGGUGAGUAG